AUGCCGUCCCAAGAACGGGACAAUUCUUCCCGCGAUCGGGAACUGGUCCGGCAUACGGGCAUUCACACCGAGUCCAGCCGACCAUCCAUUCCAAUGUGGGACAGCUCUGAUCCCGAGCGUGCGCCUCCACCGCUGCCAUUGAACCCUCGCUCUAUGAGCCCUGCGACCAGAUCCAAUGUGUCGCCUGGAAUCCAAGCUGUUGCGGCCAAGUUCGCCGACAAGGCGAGCGAAACCACCCCCAGCACAUACACGAUAAACCCGAUGCCCAACAAAUCUUCCUCUCCAGAACGGUCCCUAGUAAAAGGCCAUUAUCACAAGCGCAUGCAGUCGCUACAGCCUGCAGAUACCAAGGGCGAUGCUCGCUCCGAGUUCCUCACUUACCUCGAGAGUCGGUCACCAGAGCGACCUCUUCGUGCUACUAUUGUCGACCCAACAUCCAAGUCGCAAGAACCGAGCAAGUCCUCUGAUCCUUCCAGGCCAAAGACCGCAGACCGAGAACUUCCUAGCUUCCUGUCAAGUCGCUACCUCUCAAAACCUAUCCUUGGGGAGAGCACUCCUCCCUCCGCAACCAUGUUAGCCAUCCAAAACAUGCAGCUCCCCGCCGAAUCCGACCCUCCAUCACCCUCGAAACCUCCUAAGAUGAUCGCCGACCGUCCCGCCGCCGAACCUCAGGGACACACUAUGGAUACACUUGCAACACAAAUCCAUAGCCUGACUGAUAUCGCUAGCAAUCUGCAGCGCGAAAUGGCCAAUCUCAGCCGACGGAGCAAGGAUAACGCCACCGAUCUUAUCAGUCUAAAGGCCGCAACCAAUGCGCGCGAUGAAGAUAUCCGAAAGAGUCUGAAGGAUCUCUCGUCCAAUUUGACGAGCAGAUUGCUGGAUGGUGAUCUUACAAGGUUAGAUCUCAGUGCUCUGUUGAAGCCUGUAGACGGCCCUAACCCCAGUGAACCGGAUAGUUCUCCCAACUCCAAGAGAAGCUACUCAGUCCCUCGCAUGCCGAGCCCUAAUCCUUUCGUCUUCGAUCGUGAUGUUUGCGGUUCGCCCGCACCAAUUAGCGACGGUUCAGCCAGCAUUGCUUUGCUCGAAAAAGUGCUACGCGAGAUGGCUACAAAGGAAGGUGAGGAACGGCUUUUGGAAUUGGUCGACGAGAUCAAAUCACGUCCAGGCACGACCGCUUCGGACAAGGAUACCGAUACCAAGAUCACCACAAUGCUUGAGGAGAUCCUCAACCUCGUCAAGCAAGACCCCUCCAAUAAUGCCUUGGUUCGCUCUUUGAAACCUCGUGAACCUUCUCCAGCCAACGACUCCAACGCCGAAGCCACGCGAUCAGCCUCGGUGGGAUCUAUCAUGGAUCCAACCGCCACAGUACGGGCUCUCGAUGUGCCGAGAGGUGACAGGGCUCUCGCUGGAAAUGACAACAUGAUGCCCCUUCUACAGAGUGUCAAGAACAGCGUCAUGGAAAGCGGUGGAAUGACCAACAGCGUCAAGGCCUUGGUGCGCGAGUUGCGAGGAGAGGUUCUGGGCAUGGGUCGCGACAUCGCCCGCAAGUUGGAAGCUAUCGAGUCGAACCAAGAAAAUGAUGAGCCGCAAGAGCAGCCCCAGACUGCCAGCCCCGAGGAGAUCGCCGCUGUGGUGAAUGACAGUCUUCACGAUCUUCGUGAUCAGCUGGCCGCGACAAUCAACGAAAGCCGACAGCACUCUUCCGACUUGACUCAGAUUCGAGCGGCCAUGAACAGCGCCGAGAUAUACGCGGCAGUGAAGAAAGCUCUUGACGAGUUUGAAAUUCCCCAGCCCCAAGCUGUAGAGCCACAUGGUCCAGUUAUGGAGAAGGAGGACAUUCUGGAGACGGUUCGCGAGGCAUGGGAGACAUACAAGCCUGAGAUUGAGUUGCAAAACUUUGGUCUCGAGCGUGAUGAAAUUCUCGAUUGUCUCUCGGAAGGUCUCAAGGACUACCAGCCAAAGCACGAGCAAUCUGUCACCUAUGAACAGGUUCUUGCUGCUGUUCAAACGGGCUUGCAGAACUUUGUGCCUCCUCCAGUCGACCUCCCCCCGAUGAUUACUAGGGAUGAAAUCAUUCUCACUAUCCGCGAGUGCCUCGAGAGACCGGAGCCCACGCCUCGAGGUCUAGAUGAAGAGCAUGUUCAGCACCUGAACUCUAUGCGUGAGGAGCUCCUUCAAGCAAUCGCCGAGCGUGCAGCUCCUGAAAGCUCACGAGCUCUGGAUGAGGAGCACAUGCAUCACCUUCAUUCCAUGCGAGAAGAGAUUCUCCAUGCCAUUUCAGAGCGUGCAAUCCCUGAGAUCUCAAGGGGCUUGGAUGAGGAGGAUAUCAACCACCUUCACUCCAUGCGCGAAGAGAUUCUUCAUGCAAUUUCGGAGCGUGCGAUCCCUGAUAUCUCGAGGGGCUUGGAUGAGGAGGAUAUUAAUCACCUUCACUCCAUGCGCGAGGAGAUCCUUCAUGCAAUUUCAGAGCAUGCGGCUCCCAACACUUCUUCGAGAGGACUAGAUGAGGAGCAUAUCCAUCAUCUUCACUCCAUUCGUGAUGAAAUUAUUCACGCUAUCACAGAGCGCGCUGUGCCCGAUCAGUCUUCAAGGGGUCUCAAUGAGGAGCACGUUCACCAUCUCAACGAAAUUCGCGAUGAGAUUCUUAAUGCCCUCACCGGGUCAAUGGCUACGCAAAGUCUGCUCAGCAGGGAGUCCUACGACUCUGGCCUUGGCCGAGAUGAGAUUGUCAGUGCCGUCUCCGACGGCCUGGAGGCACACUUCACGACUGCAAAGGAGAUGGAAGAACCAAGGAUCUCCCGUGCCGACGUUGUGAAUGCUGUGAAUGAUGCGUUCAGCGCACAGCACACUGCGCUAAGCAUUGGCAAUGACUCCCCAAUGACCCGCGAAGAGAUCAUGGCAGCAAUUGCUGAUGGUAUCGAGAUGUCACAAAAGCCCCAGGACCCCAGCAUUUCACGUGAAGAGAUAAUGGCAGCCAUCGCGGACGGCAUUGAACUGUCGCAAAAGUCCGAGGAGUCGGCUCUGGUGCCCAGUGUUCAACCUUCACUCUCCCGGGAGGAGAUCCUGGAGGCUGUCUCUGAAGCGCUCGAGAAGUCGCAAGAGUCCCAGAUGUCCGCCCUUAGCACCGCCGUGCAGCAGCCAAGUGUCACUCGUGAAGAAUUGUUCAAUGCUGUAGUGGAUGGCAUCGAGAGUGCCAACACCAUGACUCGCGAGAUCGAGUUGAACAAGGAUGAUCUGAUGGAGGCCAUCAGCGCUGGUCUUCAAGAUGCAAGCAGUUCUGCGAAUCUCAACGUUGGUGACCAAGUAAUGACGCGCCUUCAGGAAGUCGUCAAUGGAAUGAAGGAAGAGUUCAAGCAGUACUCCGCUGCCAAUGGCAAGGACACCGAACAGGUACUCGAUGCCAUCAAGGAUGGCCUCGAAGUUGUUCGACGCGAGAUCGAGUCCUAUGUGGCCACGGCAUCUGAACUCUCAGGGAAACACGAGAUCAUCGAUACCGUCAAGGACGGAUUCCGCCUGCUCCAAGCCGACAUGGAGAAGACCAUCAAUGACGCCUCUCUGAGCAAUGCGACCCGUGGAAAUCCCGAUACAACCGAGCUUCUGGACGCCAUGGAGAAGGAGUUUGAGCACCUGCGUGGAACUAUCAGCACCCUGCUCGUUCGUGACAAUGCAACCAGCGACAAGGAUGAGAUCCUCGAUGCCAUCCGAGAUGUUUCCGAGCAGCAGAAGGCCAAGAGCGGGGAUGAUGAAGUUUUCAACACCAUCCGAGCCGAGUUCGAGAACUUGCGCGAGCGCAUGGACAUGAGCGUCGUUCGUGCCGAACCCGGAUCUGAUAAGGACGAGAUCAUCGCCGCUCUUCGGGAGCAUUUCGAUAUUCUUCGUGAGGAAACUCUGUCCAAGAAGGAUGGUGGAGAAAGUACGUUCUCUGCCACUAGCGAGCUGCUAGACGCAUUCCAUGAUAACAUGGAUGCAAUCCGGGAUGAUCUUAAGAAGCUCAUGGAGAAGCCCACUGACUUGGACACCUCCGAGAUCCUGGACACCAUUAAAGAGGGACUAGUUGAUCUGAAGCUUGACAUCGAGUCCAUUCGUCAGUCUCAGAAGGAGGUUGAUGAUGCAGAAACCACUCGCGGUGAUGAGCUGAUGCUUGCUAAGGAAGCUGCUUUCGGAAACGACAUGGACAGUCUGAAGACUCUCAUCACUGAACUUCAGACCAAGGUCGAGUCCAUCGACUCUACUCCUCGCGCCGCUGAGCCAGACGAAGAUGCACUAAAGCGCAGUCAUCUCGAUGAGGUUCUCAUGGCCGUUCAGGAGGUCCAGGUCGCCAUGGGUGCUAUCGGAGACAUGGGCGCCAGCCGGGAGUUACAUGAGGCCGCAGCACGCAAGGAGGAUACCGAUGCCAUCCAGGAAAUUCUCAUAAGCACCAAGGCCCAGAUCGAUGACAUUGUCUUCCCUUCUCCGGAUGAGAUCGCUACCUCGCAGCAUAUUUCUGCCCUCGAAACUAUGAUCGGCGAGGCCAAGGACAGCAUCGCUGAUCUUUCGGCUCGCUUCGAAGCCGAUGCUCCUACCAAGGCGGAGAUUGGUGCCCUGGAAGGUCUGAUCAAGGAUGUUUGGAUUGCGCUUGACGAAUUGAAGGCCAAUACCAAGGAAGGCGAGGAAGCUGAUGCGGAAGCCGAUACCGACAAACUCAUGAAAUCCGACCUUCAGACUGUGGAGGCCAUGAUCUUUGAAGUGAAAACCCAGGUAGAUGAGUUGAAGCUUCCUGACGUGGAAACUCUUCCCACCAAGGAUGAGAUCCAGGAGCUGUCGGCGCUUGUUACCGAUUUCCGUGAGAAAACGGAGGCCAACAAUGAGAUGACUGCCACCAAGGAUGAGAUCCAGGAGUUGUCGGCGCUUGUUACCGAUUUCCGUGAGAAAAUGGAAGCCAACAAUGAGAUGACUGCUCAAGGCUUCGAAGCCCGCAAGGUCGAGCAUGGUGGUCUCGCCGAGAAGAUCGAAGAGGCCAAGUUCGUCGUUGGUGAACUGGGCGACGAGCUCAAGAGCAAGCUGGAUGGCAGCACCGAAGGCUUGGCCGAGCUCAAGACUCUCCUAGAGGGCCUCGCACUCACCGCCGAGAACUUCAGCACCGUCGAAAGCAUCAAGGAGCUGACCGAUCUCAUCAACCGAGAGUUCGAGCGUGCUCGUGGCGAAGAAGAUGCCGGUAAGCUCGACAAAGAGGAGCGAGAUGCCGCCGCCAUGGUCAAGCACGACGAGACGCGAGCUGCCAUCAUCGUUGAACUUGGUACCAAGAUUGAUGAGAAGAUUGGUGAGGUCAUGGCGAAGUAUGAAGAUGCCCAUGCUUCUCUCCAUUCCAAAUUCUCAGAGUGCGAGGAGCGUGAUAUGGCGCAUACCGAAGCAGUUACCAGUACCAAGGGCCUUGCUGAGGAAAUCAAGCUUGUCAUUGGUGAGAUGGGCACUAGUGUCAAUGAGACAUGCGAGCGCAUGGGUGUUGAGACAAAGACUCUCUUCGAGAAGGUUGAUGAAUCCUACAACCGUAUGGAAGAGAUGCAGAAUCAAGUCAAGACACAGCAAGAGCAGUCUCGAGGAGAGACUGAGCGGGCAGCCGCUGCCACUGAACGUGUCGAGAGCAAGCUGCUCGAGUUCCACCCGCAGAUCCUGGAAACGGUACAGCAAAUUCUGGACGUUGUCAACCAGCACUACGAUCACUCUCAGAAGUCCAGCGAAGAGGUCAAGUUUGAGCUCUCUGCUCUGCCAAGCACUAUUCCGACUAUGCUGCCUGCUUUGCCUCCGCCAGAGUCGUCUCGAGAACUCGAUGAUGAUCCCGUUCACAACAAGCUCAACGAUCUCUUGGAGCAUGCAAAGAACAAUCAAGUCCAGGAGGUCCUCACUACCCUUUUGGAUCACUCGAAGAACGACCAGCUUCAUGCUAAGCUUGAUCGUCUCAUCGACCGAGGCUCUGGCAACGAGGAAAUUUAUGAGAAGCUCAACCAAAUCUUCGACCACGCCAGUAGUGGAAGUAGUUCCGUUCAUGAGAAACUCGAUGCCCUUCUCGAUCGUCCUGCCCCUGCAUCAGACUCUGAGCACUCUGUUACCCAGAUGAUGAAGCUUGACGAGAUGCACAAAGACAUCAUGGAGAACACCCGCCGGAUGAACGAGAUGUUUGUUGCUCAGUCCGCCAUUGUUGCCGAGGACACCGAGCGUAAGCGCCGUGAGGCAGAGGAUGCUGCUAUUGCAUUGGAGCGUCGGGUUGCUCAGCGUGAGCAGGUUGAAGCCGAAAUUGUUGGUCUGCAUGAAGAGAAGGACUCCCUCCUCAAGAUGAUUCACACCUUGAAGAAUGAGAAGGAUGAGCUUGUCAAGCAAAACGCCAAGCUCAGCAAGGAGGUCUCCGGUCUCGAGACAGCUCUGGAAAUCCGCCAUGAGGAGAUGCAGCAGAUGGAGGAGCGUGCCGACGGCCUGGAGAAACGUAUCCUGGAAGGUGUCCUCGACCAUGCCCGCUCAGUCUUGCUCAGCCGUUCAGGUAGCGUCCACGCCAUGAAUUUGAAGCGUAACCGCAGCAUUCGCUCUUCUCGAGCUCGCGCCCGCAGCCCCAGCGUGAUGAGCACAGCCAGCACCGCCCGCGAUUCCAAGGAAGCACGCAGCCUUCUCGGGAAUGGGGUUGGCAUGGCUUUGAAGCGCAGAACCCCAGCCAGCCUCCAAUCCGGGCCUACUCCCAUCCAGCCUAACAUUGGCAAGGAGCGCCGCAUUCUCAGCUUGAGCCAUGUGACUGGCAAUCGAGGUGCCGAUCGCCAGGUCAGCGCCAACAGCGGAAUCACCAGCCUGAAGCGCAGCCACUCGGUCAAGUCCAACUAUUCCCUCCGCAAGACGUCCUUGCCUGUGCGAACUUCUAUUGCGAACAAAGAAAACGAGGCUUUCCCCGAGGAGGAAGAGCCUGAGAGUGAAGCUGAGAGCCACGCUGGAACCGAGCGCCGGUCAAGCUAUGCAACCACCGAUCGCAAGACUUCCUACGCCGAAACCUGCACCGACAGCAUGUGCAGCGGUGUCACCGAGAGUGUGGCUUCAACAGAUAGACGCACCAGUGGCAUGAGUACCGGCACCGUUGAAAUGAGCACCAUUGAUGGGCACGAGGAUGUUGCCGCUAGCACCAUUGCCGAUGAUGACCAGAGCUAUGUAUCUGGCAGGGAGUCCGAGUCAGAUGACGAUGAUGCUAGGACUGCCCGAGAGGACGAUGAUGAAAAUGACGAGGAGGAGGCAAAAGAUCCCGAGACGGAGGAUGAAUAUGAGGCACACGAUGAGACCGACCGACCAAUCUCGCCAAUCUCCGAUACGGCUUCUGCCAUGGAGGCCGAAGUAUUGAAGAUGCUGGAGCCUGCUGGUGACAGUGCACUUGGUACCGAGUCGGCUAUCAGUGCUGCUUGA